UUUAGUUCACAGACAUCUCGGUAAACAAGAUCCAGAUGAUUUCCUGGGAUGGCUACUGGACUUGCACCAUUGUGACUGAUAAACUGGACCUUUCUCAUGCAACUGCUGUGAAUGCCAUUGAUGGGCAGCUUCUCCCUGCAUCGACCACCGCUGAGCAGCACCAGAGAGGCAUGAGUAUGUAAGUUACAAGCUGAAUAUCUGGGACAUUGGUGGCAUGUCCUCCUGCCAGACCUACUGGAGGAACUUUUUGAGUGCACUGACAUCCUUGUCUGGGUGUUGGACGGUGCUGAUGGAAACUGCAUGAGAGACUGUCAGGGGGUACUGAAGAAACUGGCAGCAAGUGCAUCCAGAAGCAGUGCCUUUGUGACGUCAUCAAGGGCUGCAGUAGUGGAGAGGAUUAGAUGGUGCUGCCGUGUGGCAUUGAUGAGUGCCGGGAGAAGAAUGGCGGGUGUGGGCACCUCUGCGUCAGCACUGUGGAGCCGAACUACUACUGCCAGUACCAGCCAGGGUAGACUCAUCAAGAAGUUUAACUGUGAAGACAUUGAUGAGUGUGUGGCGCCCAGGUCUUGCUUCCAAUAUUGCACUAACACCACUGGUGGCUUCCACUGCUGCAGUCAGCCUGGCUACCGCCGUCACUCUUCCAACUACAUGCACUGCAUGGCAGAUUCUGGCAAUCCCUAUCUCAUCUCUUAUAGAGCCCAUAUGAGCAGUCCAGAGACUCCUUAGGUGCUGGUGGAGAAGAAUGAGAUGACAGUGGAUGGUCUUGCAGUCUGGAUCCAUGGGAACAUUUAGUUCACAGACAUCUCGGUAAACAAGAUCCAGAUGAUUUCCUGGGAUGGCUACUGGACUUGCACCAUUGUGACUGAUAAACUGGACCUUUCUCAUGCAACUGCUGUGAAUGCCAUUGAUGGGUGAGUCUCUUUUCACCUCCUGAGUUUAACAGACACUUGGAUCUAGAACUGGAUGGUUUUCCUACUUUGUUUAUAUCAUCAGUUAUCUCUGUUGUAUGAGUUCUGAUGGGGAUUUAGACUCAAAAAGACCUGUAUUCAUCCAUUUUUAUUUGUACUUAAAAUGACUCCCGAAAAAAGCACUUUCCUUAAAUAUAGAUGAAAUUUCUGUUUC